AUGAGCUGCUUCCAGUGGCUGUUUCGGAAGCGAGAGGAGGAAGCGACGCAGGCGCCGACGCCCAGCGAGGGUGCCUGGAUCUGCACCUGCUCUCCCACGGAGGACUUGACAGAGUUUGGACAAGUUCCACCAGACAGGGUGCCACUGAGCACCCAGAAGCUGCUCCACGAUUGCGAUGAAGCCAGGGAGAAUGGCCCCGAGGCCUUUCGUCGUGCAGAGCCGAUGUCGAUCCGGCCCACGCCUGUCAGCUCGCUGGCGAUGAGGAGCCAUACCUAUCCGGUGCUCCUAGCCGCGAAGAGAGGCUGCGGAUGCUCAGCGAGGGCGCCCGCAGACAGCAAGAUCUCCAAGAAAACGAUGCCGCGAGCACAGCCGGUCCUGUCACAGCCGCAGCAGUGGAUGCAUCUCCGCCUGGUUUCGACAGAGGUGGCACGCUCGAAGGCGGCCAUCGGCCUGAUGCUUCUGCGGGAGGCUUUCGUCUUUGAUGUGGUGUCGAACGACUCAGCGCCAACGACCCCCACAACACGAGCUGCUACGUCAUCUCUGCCAAGCAGCCCUGAUAUCAACGCUGACGUGGUAGAUGCCCAGAAUGCCCUGGCCGCAGCCCUCCCUCCAGAAGAUGGGAAGGAAGAUGCACGUCUCUCACCCGAGCUGGUGGAGCGUUUCAAGGAGAUAGUGCGCGUGGCUACGGCUCCGACAGUGCAACCGCCUUCCGGAGCUUCCAAGGUUCGCCGAUGCGCUGCGAAAAGCCGUAUACAGGCGCCGGCGGAGUACACCUUGGAGAUGCAGCUCCAGGAAAAUGCCCAGAGGAUUCGCCUCCUGGAGGAGGCAAGCAUUCUGCAAGAUCUUGUGGCCGCCAGCGCGCACUAUCGAGAUGGAGUGGCGGGGCGCAAAGAAGACCUGGACCACGAAGGGCUGCUGCAGUAUGUCUACGGCGAGUUUGAUAGCUCCGACUGCGAGCUGCGCGAGUCCAAGGCGGACCUCAUUCGCAGCUUGAUGUCGCGGCAGUCCAUGGCUGUGGACGAAGCGUGCUUCGCAGAGGACGACGCCAAAGAGCGCGUGAUGACGGAGAGCGAGAUGAAGGCAAACUGUGCAUCGCCGGGUGCCCUCUGCGCCGAGUGCAGGCUUCAGCGGCGUGUUCAGGGCUUCGACUUCGAUCAGACCAUCUCCAAGAUCCACGUCUUCAAGCAGCUCGCCGGGUGGGAGCUGGGUGUGGAUGCGCCUCAGGCGCUGUCGGAGCGGCAGAAGAUAUCGCAGGUCACGCACGCUGUCAACAGCUUUGACGUGCACGGCUGCAAGCUGUCGGUGCCGGGCGUGCCUGAGUCUGCUCGUGUUGAGGCAGAGCCCUGUUGCGACUUCAUGCGACUUCGCAUUCUGCGUGCCGCGUUUGGAAAAGUGCGGGCAAAAGAGCCCCCUCAGCCGGCAGAGCCAGCAGAGCUUGCAAAGGAGGCUACAGAGGAAACCUCCAAGGGAGCGGCUGGAGGCACUGACGUAAACGUUGCGGAGCCGGAGGCGCUGGUUGAGCCUCCGAGCGGGUGCGAGGCAGCCUCUCAAGCCGCUCAGGGCCAGAUUGCUGGAAAGGUUCAUGAGGUGCCUCAGUUCAGAAUCUACCUCAUGAUGUACGACGUCUCACACGGACGCGCGGCUCGCUACUCCAACAUACUGCUGGGAGAACACCUCGAGGCAGUUUGGCACACCGGAUUGGUAGUCGAAUGGGGCCAAGCAAGCGAAUUUUGGUUUGGAGGGAACAUCGAAGAAUCGGAGCCCGGGAGAUCACCGUUCGGGCCGCCAACAGACAAGAGGUUCCUGGGCUAUACGAAGAAGACACGGGAACAAGUCUUCCAAUUCUUCGACAGGUUGAUGGUAAUCGACAGGAAUUAUGACGGGCAGCACUACAAUUUGAUGACAAACAAUUGCAAUCACUUUUCGGACAGGUUGCUGAUGUUUCUCCGAAACGAGCAAAUUCCUGAAGAUAUCCGAAAGCAGCCUAAGCUUGUGACUCGACGUUUGCGUGGUCAAGUUCUCUGUUACUUGCUUGGGUUGCACUGGUGGUGCUGA